GCGCAUGCGCGAGGCGGGCGGCGGCGCGAGCCGAGCGGGGAGAUGGCGGCGGCGGCGCCGAGAGCGUGAGCAGCGCCCGGGAGCCGCCGGCCCCGGGCUCAGAGCGACCCCGACCCGCCCGCCCGCCGCUCGCCAUGGGCAACGAGGCCAGCCUGGAGGGCGGCGCCGGCGACGGGCCCGUGCCUCCCGGCGGCCCCGGCCCCGGCCCGGGCCCCGGCGCCGCGAAGCCGCCUUCAGCACCGGCCGGCGGCGGACAGCUCCCCGCGGCGGGCGCUGCGCGGGCGGCGGGCCCCCCGGGCCCCGGCCCCGGCCCCGGCCCCGGCAGCGUCUCCAGGCGACUGGACCCCAAAGAGCCCCUGGGCAGCCAGCGAGCAGCUUCACCAACCCCGAAGCCGGCUCCCGGGGCUGCUCCCGGCCACGAGGGUGCCCGGGAGACAGGGGCCCAGGGCCCGGCCGGCCAGGAGGCUGGUGGCCCCCGCAGGACGCUGCAGGUGGACGGCAGGACGCAGAGAUCAGGGCGGUCCCCCUCCGUGUCGCCAGACAGAGGCAGCACCCCCACGUCCCCUUACUCCGUCCCCCAGAUCGCCCCCCUUCCCAGCAGCACACUGUGUCCCAUAUGCAAGACCUCCGACCUCACGUCGACCUCCAGCCAGCCAAACUUCAACACCUGCACCCAGUGUCGCAGCAAGGUCUGCAACCAGUGUGGGUUCAACCCCAACCCACACCUGACCCAGGUGCAGGAGUGGCUCUGUCUGAACUGCCAGAUGCAGCGGGCGCUGGGGAUGGACAUGACCACGGCGCCGCGCUCCAAGAGCCAGCAGCAGCUGCACUCGCCCGCGCUGUCCCCCGCCCACUCCCCCGCCAAACAGCCCCCGGGGAAGCCGGAGCAGGAGCGGCCCCGGGGCCCCGGGGGGCCCCAGCCUGGGCCCCGCCAGGCUGACACAGCCAAGGCCACCACAGUGCCGGGACCUGCCCAGGCAGCUGCCCCUCCCGAGGGGGGGAAGGUGUCUCCUCAGUCCCGUCACCCCACCAAGCCUUCCACAGCCGAGCCCCGGCCCCCUGCGGGAGAGGCCCCGGGCAGAAGUGCCACCGCGGGGCCCCCCGGGCCUGGUGCUGCCGAGCAGGCCCAGGAGGGCCUCACCGGGAAGCUCUUCGGUCUCGGCGCGUCGCUGCUGACCCAGGCCAGUACCCUCAUGUCCGUGCAGCCUGAGGCCGACGCCCAGGGCCAGCCUGCCGCCAGCAAGGGGCCACCCAAGAUCGUCUUCAGUGAUGCCAGCAAGGAGGCUGGCCCGAGACCCCCAGGCUCAGGGCCCGGGCCCGGGCCUGCAGCCGGAGCCAAAGCUGAGCCUGCGGCCAGGCCGGGCCCCACACCAGGGCCUGGAGCCCUGGCAAGAACGGGGGGGACGCCCAGCCCGAAGCACGGCCGAGCAGAACAGCAGGCGGCGCCCAAGGCUGCCGCCAAGCCAAAGGCCACGCCCAAGGACAGGCCCGCCUGCCCCCUGUGCCAAGCCGAGCUCAACGUGGGCGGCCAGGGCCCCGCCAACUACAACACCUGCACCGCCUGCAGGCUCCAGGUGUGCAACCUCUGUGGCUUCAACCCGACGCCCCACCUGGUGGAGAAAUCCGAGUGGCUCUGUCUCAACUGCCAAACGAAGCGACUGCUGGAGGGCAGCCUGGGGGAGCCAGCCCCCGGCCCCCCGGCCGCCUCGCCGCAGCCCCCCGCCGGGGCCCCUCACCGCGCAGCUGGAACAGCCCCUCCGAAGCAGAAAGGGCCCCCAGGCCCGGGCCAGCCCUCAGGCCCCCUGCCCGCCAAGGCCGGCCCCCAAGCAAAGCCCCUUCGGGCCUCCGAGCCCAGCAGGGCCCCGAGCAGCGCCCAGGAGAAGAAGACGGGGGUCCCAGCUAAAGCAGAGCCUGUGCCGAAGCCGCCUCCAGAGGCUGCGCCGCCCCCCGGCACUUCGAAGGCAAAGGCCGGGGCGCGGAGGACCGAGCCCGCCGCCCCUGCCGUCACGGCUGUUCCCGGAGCCCCCACGGGCGGGGGGGCAGAGGAGCCGGCGGGCAAGCCUUACUCCCAGGACCUGUCCCGGAGCCCACAGAGCCUCAGCGACACCGGCUAUUCUUCCGACGGCGUCUCCAGCUCCCAGAGCGAGAUCACCGGGGUGGUGCAGCAGGAGGGGGAGCAGCUGGACAGCGCAGGGGUGACCGGGCCCCGCCCGCCCAGCCCCUCCCAGCUCCACAAGGCGGGCAGCGUGCGGCCCUCCCUGCAGGCCCAGGGCCCGGCCGCAGGCGGCGAGCGGAGCAAGGCGCCCGGCGGCGCCGCCGAGGAGCAGAAGCGGCGGCCCCACUCCCUGUCCAUCAUGCCCGAGGCCUUCGACUCGGACGAGGAGCUGGAGGACAUCCUGGAGGAAGAGGAGGACUCUCUGGAGUGGGGGCGCCAGCGGGAGCAGCAGGACACGGCCGAGUCCUCGGACGACUUCGGCAGCCAGCUGCGGCACGACUACGUGGAGGACAGCAGCGAGGGCGGCCUGUCCCCGCUGCCCGCCCAGCCCCCCGCCCGGCCGGCCGCCACCGACGAGGAGUUCAUGCGGCGGCAGAUCCUGGAGAUGAGCGCCGAGGAGGACAGCCUGGAGGAGGAGGACGCGGCCACCCCCAGGCGCGGCCCCCGGCCCAGGCCCGAGCCCGGCCCCGAGGCAGCGGCGCUGCCCACGCGGCGCCCGCCCCACCAGGCCUCCACGGGCUACGAGGAGCUGCUCUCGCUCUCCGAGGGGGGCCCCGCCGAGGCCGCCGACGGCACGGGGACCCUGCAGGGCGGGCUCCGCCGCUUCAAGACCAUUGAGCUCAACAGCACGGGCAGCUACGGCCACGAGCUGGACCUGGGCCCGGGCGCCGACCCCGGCCUGGACUGCGAGCCCGAGCUGGAGAUGGAGAGCCUGACGGGCUCGCCCGAGGACCGCUCCCGCGGGGAGCACUCGUCCACACUGCCCGCCUCCACGCCCAGCUACACCUCGGGCACCUCGCCCACCUCCCUGUCGUCCCUGGAGGAGGACAGCGACAGCAGCCCCAGCCGCAGGCAGCGCCUGGAGGAGGCCAAGCAGCAGCGCAAGGCCCGGCACCGCCCGCACGGGCCCCUGCUGCCCACCAUCGAGGACUCGUCGGAGGAGGAGGAGCUGCGGGAAGAGGAGGAGCUGCUGCGGGAGCAGGAGAAGAUGCGGGAGGUGGAGCAGCAGCGCAUCCGCAGCACCGCCCGCAAGACGCGGCGCGACAAGGAGGAGCUGCGGGCCCAGCGCCGGCGCGAGCGCUCCAAGACGCCGCCCAGCAACCUGUCGCCCAUCGAGGACGCCUCCCCCACCGAGGAGCUGCGGCAGGCGGCCGAGAUGGAGGAGCUGCACCGCUCCUCCUGCUCCGAGUACUCGCCCUCGCCCUCCCUGGACUCCGAGGCCGAGGCCCUGGACGGCGGCCCCGCCCGGCUCUACAAGUCGGGCAGCGAGUACAGCCUGCCCACCUUCAUGUCCCUCUACUCGCCCACCGAGCCGCCCGCGGGCGGCUCCGGCACGCCCAGCGCCGGCCGGCCCCUCAAGAGCGCCGAGGAGGCCUACGAGGAGAUGAUGCGGAAGGCCGAGCUGCUGCAGCAGCGGCAGCAGGGCCAGGCGGCAGGCGGCCGGGGGCCCCAGGGCGGCCCCGCUCAGCCCGUGGGCCCCCGGGCCCAGGGCUCCUUCGAGUUCCAGGAAGUCCCGGCCCGUGACUACGGCCGGGCGGCCCCGCUGCCCGCGGGGGGCUCGCCCGCCGGCCUGGGCGCGGCCGUGGACGAGGAGACCCCGCCGACCGCCCAGGGCACCGCCCGCGUGCGGCACGCCUCCGCCCGGGACCUGGCCUUCGCCGAGGACAAGAAGAAGGAGAAGCAGUUUCUGAACGCGGAGAGUGCGUACGUGGACCCCAUGAAGCAGAACGGCGGCCCGCUCACCCCGGGCACCAGCCCCACCCAGCUCGCCGCCCCCGUGCCCUUCUCCGCCGCCCCCUCCUCGGACGGCAGCGGCGGCCGCGUCAUUCCUGACGUCCGAGUCACCCAGCACUUCGCAAAGGAGCCCCAGGACCCCCGCAAGCUGCACGGCGCUCCCGCCUCCCCCAGCGCCGCCUCCAAGGAGGCCAGCACCGCCUUCCCCCAGGGCCCACCUGCGGGCUCCGAGCGCAGCACCUCGCCGUCUGCCACCGCCCACGGCUACGGGCAGGGCCCGGCCACCGCCAACUACGGGUCCCAGACGGAGGAAAUGCCCCCGGCGCCCCGCGGGCCUGCCGCCGCCAGAGAGAAGCCCCCACGUCUGAGUGACGGCAAGGGCAGCCCCGCCCCGCCCGCCCAGGGGUACGCCUACUACUCGGGCUCCAGCCCGCCGCUCUCCCCGUCUUCUCCCUCAGAGAGCCCCACCUUCUCCCCCGGCAAGCCGGGCCCCAGGGCCACCGCCGAGUUCUCCACACAGACGCCAAGCCUGACCCCUGCCUCGGACAUGCCACGGAGCUCUGGCGCCCCCGCCCCCUCCCCCAUGGUGGCGCAGGGCACCCAGACGCCCCACGGGCCCGGCGCGCCCCGCCCGGCGUGGCAGCAGCCCCCGCGGGAGGCCCCCUUCAUGGUCAUCACGCUGGCCUCCGCGGCCGCCAGCCAGCCCAGGAUGGUGCACGCCAGCGCCUCCACCUCCCCGGUGUGCUCCCCCGCCGGCACGCAGCCCCCGCCCCACGGCGCGUCCCCGCCGCCCUCAGAGCCCCCGGGGCCGCCGGGCUUCCCGCGGGCGGCCAGUGCCGGGGCGGACGGGCCGCUGGCGCUGUACGGCUGGGGCGCCCUCCCCGCCGAGAACAUCUCCCUGUGCCGCAUCUCCUCCGUCCCGGGGACGUCCCGGGUGGAGCCGGGCCCCAGGCCCGCGGGCAGUGCCGUGGUGGACCUCCGCACGGCCGUCAAGCCCACGCCCAUCAUCCUCACCGACCAGGGCAUGGACCUGACCUCUCUCGCCGCGGAAGCGAGGAAGUACGGCCUGGCGCUGGAGCCGGGCCCGGGGCGGCAGUCCACGGCCGUGCAGCCCCUGGUGAUCAACCUCAACGCCCAGGAGCAGACGCAGGCCUUCCUCGGCGCGGCCACCACCGUGAGCAUCACCGUGGCCUCCUCCGUGCUGCUGGCGCAGCAGAAGCAGCCCGUGGUCUACGGAGACCCCUUCCAGAGCCGCCUGGACUUCGGCCAGGGGGCAGGCAGCCCCGUGUGCCUGGCCCAGGUCCGGCAGGUGGAGCAGGCCGUCCAGACGGCCCCGUACCGAGGCGGGCCCCGGGGAAGGCCCCGGGAGGCCAAGUUUGCCAGGUACAACCUGCCCAACCAGGUGGCGCCUCUGGCCAGGAGAGACGUUUUGAUCACUCAGGUGGGCACUGCGCAGAGCGCUGGCCUCAAGCCAGGCCCCGCGCCGGAACUGGGCGCCAGGAAGCCGCACACCGUGCUGGUGCAGAUGGCCGAGGGCGCGGCAGGCACUAUGACCACGCUGCUCCCCGAGGAGCCGGCGGGCGCCAUGGACCUCACGGGGGUGCGGCCCGAGAGCCGGCUGGCGUGCUGCGACGUCGUCUACAAGUUCCCCUUUGGCAGCAGCUGCCCGGGCGCCUUCCAGCCCGCCCCCAGCGCCCUCGAGAAGAGCGGGGCCGACGCCGCCCCCAGGGCCCAGAGCGGCGGCCCCUUCUACACCCCGCGCGAGCCGGAGCCCCCCGAGGAGCAGCGGCCCUACCCGCUGGGGCUCCCGGGCAGGCUGUACUCCUCCAUGUCCGACACCAACCUGGCCGAGGCCAGCUUCAACUACCACGCCCACAGGAUGGGGCAGCUCUUCCAGGGCCCGGGGCGAGACGCGGCCGUGGACCUCAGCUCGCUGAGGCAGUCCUACAGCCUGGGCUUCGCCGACGGGCGCUACCUGGGGCAGGGCCUGCAGUACGGCUCGGUCACGGACCUGCGCCAGCCCGCGGACGCCCUGCCCCACCCACUGCCCAUGCGGCGCUUCAGCUCCGUGUCCAACAUCUACUCAGACCACCGCUACGGCGCCCGGGGGGACGGCGUGGGCUUCCAGGAGGCCAGCCUGGCCCAGUACAGCGCCACCACGGCCCGCGAGAUCAGCCGCAUGUGCGCAGCCCUCGACUCCAUGGACCAGUACGGGGGGCGGCGUGGCAGCGGCAGCGGCGGCCCUGACCUCAUGCAGUACCAGCCCCAGCCCCAGCCGGGGCUCAGGCCCGGCCCCUUCGGGAACCCCACCUUCCCGGAGGCCCACCCGAACCCUGGGGUCCUGCCCCAGUACAGGCCCGCGGCCCAGGGCGUGGCCGUCCGACAGCUGCUGCCGUCCACGGCCACGGUGCGUGCCGCCGACGGCAUGAUCUACUCGACUAUCAACACCCCGAUCGCAGCCACACUGCCCAUCACCACCCAGCCCGGCUCGGCGCUGCGGCCCCUGGUGCGUGGGGGCCUGUACCGGCCCUACACAUCGGGCGCGGUCACGGCUGUGCCGCUCAGCAGCCUCACACGCGUGCCUGCGACCGCCCCCCGGGUGCCUCUGUACCGAUAUCCCGCACCAAGCAGGUUCCCCGCCGCGUCCAGCGUGCCGCCUGCCGAGGGCCCCGUCUACCUGGGGAAACCUGCUGCCAAGGCGCCCGGGGCCGGGGGCCCAGCGAGGCCAGAGCCACCAGGAGGGGCCGCCCGGCAAGAGCCUCUGUCCACAGCCACGCCGGCUGCUGCCAAGGAGGCGGCCGCGGCCCCGGCCCCGCUGGCCAGCCAGAAGCCAGCGGCAGAGGCGGCUCCUGCAGGCGGCAGUGCAGGCCCCGGCCGGCCCGGAGGAGAGGAAGCGUCGCAGGAGGAGAGGCAGCGGAAGCAGCAGGAGCAGAUGCUGCAGCUGGAGCGAGAGCGUGUGGAGCUGGAGAAGCUGCGGCAGCUGCGGCUGCAGGAGGAGCUGGAGCGGGAGCGCGUGGAGCUGCAGCGGCACCGGGAGGAGGAGCAGCUGCUGGUGCAGCGGGAGCUGCAGGAGCUGCACACCAUCAAGCACCACGUGCUGCAGCAGCAGCGGGAGGAGCGCCAGGCCCAGCUCGCCCUGCAGCGGGAGCAGCUGGCGCAGCAGCGCCUGCAGCUGGAGCAGAUCCAGCAGCUGCAGCAGCAGCUGCAGCAGCAGCUGGAGGAGCAAAAGCAGAGGCAGAAGCCCCCCUUCCCCGUGGUCUGUGACGGGCCCGGCCGAGGGCCUCCCCCGGCGGCCGCCGAGCUGGCUCAGAACGGCCAGUAUUGGCCGCCCCUGACCCACACGGCGUUCAUCGCCGUGGCCGGGCCCGAGGGGCCGGCGCAGCCCCGGGAGCCCGUGCCGCACCGCGGCCUGCCCAGCUCCGCCUCGGACAUGUCGCUGCAGACCGAGGAGCCGUGGGAGGCCGGCCGUGGCGGCCUCCGGAAGCGGCACUCGAUGCCGCGGCUGCGGGACGCCUACGAGGCGGAGCCGGGGCCCGAGCCCGGCCCCGUGCGCAGGAUCGCGGACAGCAGCGUGCAGACGGACGACGAGGACGGGGAGGGCCGCUACUUCCUGAGCCGGCGGCGCCGCACCCGGCGGAGCGCGGACUGCAGCGUGCAGACGGACGAGGAGGACAACGCCGAGUGGGAGCAGCCCGUGCGGCGCCGCCGGCCCCGCCUGCCCCGCCACUCGGACUCCGGCUCGGACGGCAAGCACGACGCCGGGGCCCCGUCCUCCGCGGCCGCCCCCGCCAGGGCCACGAGCAGCGUGGGCAUCCAGACCAUCAGCGACUGCUCCGUGCAGACGGAGCCCGACCAGCCGCCCCGGGUCUCCCCCGCCAUCCACAUCACGGCGGCCACCGACCCCAAGGUGGAGAUCAUCAGGCACAUCUCGGCGCCGGAGAAGACGGGGCGCGGGGAGAGCCUGGCCUGCCAGACGGAGCCGGACGGGCAGGCCCAGGGCGGGGCCGGGCCGCAGCUCGUGGGGCCCGCCGCCAUCAGCCCCUACCUGCCCGGCAUCCAGAUCGUCGCCCCAGGGCCCCUGGGAAGAUUCGAGAAAAAGAAGCCGGACCCCCUGGAGAUUGGCUACCAGGCCCACCUGCCCCUGGAGUCCCUGUCACAGCUCGUGAGCCGCCAGCCUCCCAAGUCCCCACAGGUCCUCUACUCGCCGGUCUCGCCCCUGUCCCCACACCGGCUCCUGGAUGCGUCCUUCGCUCCCAGCGAGAGGCUGAGCAAGGCGCACGUGAGUCCCCAGAAGCACUUCGCGGCCGACGGCGCGCCCCGCCAGCAGACGCUGCCGCGCCCCAUGAAGACCCUGCAGCGGUCUCUGUCUGACCCCAAGCCCCUCAGCCCCACCGCCGAGGAGUCCGCCAAAGAGAGGUUCUCCCUCUACCAGCACCAGGGGGGGCUGGGGAGCCAGGUGUCGGCGCUGCCACCCAACGGCCUGGGCCGCAAGGUGAAGCGGACACUGCCCAGCCCCCCUCCCGAGGAGGCCCACCUGCCCCUGGCGGGCCAGGCCCCCCCGCCGCUGUACGCGGCCAGCCUGCUGCAGCGGGGGCUGCCGGCCGCCCCGGCCAAGGCCAGCCUGCUCCGGGAGCUGGACCGGGACCUGCGGCUGGUGGAGCACGAGGCCACCAAGCUGCGCAAGAAGCAGGCGGAGCUGGACGAGGAGGAGAAGGAGAUCGACGCCAAGCUCAAGUACCUGGAGCUGGGCAUCACUCAGCGCAAGGAGUCUCUGGCCAAAGACCGGGGCGGCCGGGACUACGCGCCCCUGCGCGGCCUCGGCGAGCACCGGGACUACCUGUCGGACAGCGAGCUCCACCAGCUGCGGCUCCAGGGCCAGUACGCAGACUUCCCCGCCCCCGCCGCGGUGCCCACCGCCCCCUCCGGCCCCGCCGCCUUCCAGCAGCCGCGGCCGCCCCCUCCGGCCCCACAGUACUCCGCAGGCAGCGCCGGGCCGGCUCCCAACGGACUCCCAGCCCACCAGGCACCUGCCUACCCUGGCCCCGGCACCUACCCAGCACCUGCCUUUCCUCCCGGCACCGGUUACCCUGCCGAGUCCGGUUUGCAAAGCCAGCAGGCUUUCCGGCCCACAGGCCAUUAUGCAGCCCAAACCCCCAUGCCAACCACACAGAGCACCCUCUUCCCGGUCCCGGCCGACAGCCGGGCCCCCCCUCCGAAGCCACGCCAGACAUCGCUAGCCGACCUGGAGCAGAAGCUGCCCACCAACUACGAAGUGGUGGCCAGCCCCGCCGUGGCCAUGUCCUCGACGCCGGCGGAAGCCAGCUACAGCGGCCCCAGCCCCGCGAUGAGCAGCAGCUACGAGCAGAGCAAGGCCUCCGAACUGCCCAGGGGCAGCGACAGGAUCAUUGCAGGCUCCGCCCCCACCUACCCCUCCGACUCACACUACGCCAGCCUGGAGCAGAGCGUCCCUCGGAACUACGUGCUGAUCGACGACAUCAGUGAGCUGACCAAGGACAGCGCCCCCACGGCCCCGGACAGCCAGCGGCUGGAGCCCCAGGGCCCGGGCGGCAGUGGGCGUCCAGGGAAGGAGCCGGGGGAGCCCGGGGCCCUGGAGGGGGCCCCCCUGCCCUGCUGCUACGCCCGGGGCGAGGAGGAGUCCGAGGAAGACUCUUACGACCCCCGUGGGAAGAGCGGCCACCACCGGGGCGUGGAGAGCGACGGCCGAGCCGCCGGCACCCACUACUACGGCGACGGCGACUACCGCCCGGGGGCCCGCGCCGACAAGUACGGGCCGGGCCCCGCGGCGCCCAAGCACCCCGCCAAGAGCCCGGCCCCGGCCGCGCUCCCCUCGAAGCGCAGCAAGCACCGCAAGCAGGGCAUGGAGCAGAAGGUCUCCAAGUUCUCGCCCAUCGAGGAGGCCCGGGACGCGGAGUCCGACCUGGCCGCCUACCCGGCCCCCGCGGGCGGCGGCCCGGCCUCGCGCGGCAGGCGGUUCCAGGACGAGAUCACCUGCGGGCUCCGGAAGAACGUGUACGAGCAGCAGAGGCGCUACGGGGCGCCCAGCCGGGAGGCCCUGGAGGAGGAGGAGCGAGUGUACGGCGGGAGCCGGGCCCGGGGCCCCGCUGCCUACGGCGGCGAGAAGCCGUCCGGCCACGACUUCGGCGGCCGGGGCAAGGGCUACGAGCGGGAGCGGGAGGCCGCGGAGCGGCUCCAGAGGGCCGGCCCCAAGCCCUCCUCCCUGAGCAUGGCCCACGGCCGCGCCCGGCCCCCCAUGCGGAGCCAGGCCUCCGAGGAGGAGAGCCCCGUCAGCCCCCUGGGCCGGCCCCGCCCCGCGGGGGACGCCCUCCCGCCCGGGGACGCCUGCCCGCCGUUCUGCUCCAGCCACUCCAUGCCGGAUGUCCAGGAGCACGCCCGGGGCGGCCCCCGGGCCCACGCGUACAAGCGCGAGGAGGGCUACCUCCUGGACGACGCCCACUGCGUGGUCUCCGACAGCGAAGCGUACCACCUGGGCCAGGAGGAGACGGACUGGUUCGACAAGCCCCGGGACGCCCGCUCGGACCGCUUCCGGCACCACGGGGGCCACGCGGCCGCCUCCGCCCAGAAGCGCGGCCCCGCCAGGCACAGCUACCACGAGUACGACGAGCCCCCCGAGGAGGGCCCGUGGCCGCACGACGAGGGCCCCGGCCGCCACGCCGCGGCUAAGGAGCACCGGCACCACGGAGACCACGGGCGCCACUCGGGCCGCCACGCGGGCGAGGAGCCCGGCCGGCGCGCUGCCAAGCCCCACGCGCGCGACCUGGGCCACCACGAGGCCCGGCCCGCCCCUCCGCCCGGCCCGGCCCCGGCCCCGCAGAAGAAGGGCCAGCCCGGGCACCCCAGCGCGGCCGAGUACGCGCAGCAGCCCCGGGCGCCCUCGGCCUACCACCACGCCCCCGACAGCAAGAAGGGCUCCCGGCAGCCCCCCCAGCCAAAGCCGGAGCCCCAGCCGCAGCCGCAGGGUCGGCAGGCACCUCCGGGGCCUCAGCCGUCUCAGCCGCCCGCCUCCAGACAGACACCCUCUGCAGCGCGUGCGCCGCAGCCCACACAGCAACCCCCGCAGGCGCGGCCGCAGCAGCAGCAGCAGCAGCAGCAGCAGCAGCCGGGCCAGCCAGCCGCCCGGGGUCCUGGCCCUGCCGCCAGCCAGCCAGCAGGGCGGCCUCAGCCCGGCCCCGGGGCCACGGCAGGCUCCCAGCCAGCAGGAGCGCCGCGGACAGAGCAGACCAGCGGCUCUAAAGCGCCGGCCCAAGUGGCCCAGCAGGCGAGGCCCCCGCAGGCUCAGCCCCCGCCAGCACCGGGACCUGCAGGCACGAAAGCUGGAGCCAGGCCCGGAGGCACCCCGGGGGCUCCUGCUGGCCAGCCAGGCGCCGAGGGGGACAGUGUGUUCUCCAAGAUCCUGCCCGGGGGUGCCGCGGAGCAGGCGGGCAAACUGACAGAAGCGGUCUCCGCUUUUGGCAAAAAAUUCUCCUCAUUCUGGUGACCCCGCGCCCCGCAGGCUCUGGACGUGCUGAGGGAGGCGGUGUCGUUGUUGUGGGGAACCUGUGAGGCCGAGCCCGGGCGCAGCUCUGACUCUGCGUAUAACACAUCUACAAUCUGGGGCACCUUGGCUCCCAGACUCGCCGGAUGGACAUGGCGGGCGGCCUCCGUGAGGCAGGAUGUUGGCUACAGCGGCCGCCUCCGCUGGACCAGUGGGACCACCUGCUCCCCGGCGCCGCCUGCAGGGCGGAGGAGCCUCUUUGCGGACCUGCACGGCCGCUGGCUCCCAUGCGUUAUACACAGAGUUGGGCACCCGCCUCUCCACGGACCUGCCUCCCCGCGGCCCCACGUUCUCCCGGCCUGGGCCUGAGGGCACCGGCCCUCCGCACGCAGCCCCCCAGGCCCACCCCGCCCCCCAGCCCUCUGGGGACACACCCUCUGGGGACACACCCUCUGGGUGACCUCGGCGCAGACUUCUGGGCUGUUGGGUGGGAGGACUGCACAGACACUAGGACCUCACACUGUCCCUGCUGGAACCAGCGGCCAUAGCACCGGACGCAGCGUGGGCGCUGGCCGAGGCCCUCGCAGCCGCGGUGGCAGUGCCCGCUGGCCGCCAUCUCAAAGCCAUUCCCAGCCAUCGCUCGGGCACCGCCAUGUCUCACCGCGGGCUCCUCCCCACGCCUGGGGUUUCUUUUGAUUUCAAGAGCAGCCUUAACAUUUCAGUUGGUUACGUGUAUACCUCAUGAACAUCUUUGGUUUCUCCUCUCCCUCGCCUCUCCUUCGCUCGCCCCGGCCUCCUCCCUCCACCCGUGACGGACGUGGGUCCCUCGUUGCUCAGCCCCUGCCACUCGGGGAUGCCGACUCCGAAGCAAUAGCGGGCAGCAGGCCGCCCAGAGCACAAGCCAGGGCGAGGCCUCCAGCGCCGCCCGUUUACUGUGCAAUCCAGUCCUUCGUAAGCCAUCGCCGGGCGGCUCCAGCAGAGGCCGGGCCCUGGCCGGGCGGGCCCAGCGCGCCUGGACUGGGGAGUGUGGCUCUGUCCGCCCCCCAGGCCCUGCCCUUGGGGACUCUGUCUCUUGGGCACAGCACCAGUCUCAUCUCUAACGUUCUAUGCAAUGAAAUAGAAGCCCUCAAAGACCACCGACAAUAUUUGAUAAAUCCCACGCUGUCUA